GGGGAGCCUUUGGAGCACAGAAUAUUCUGAUUCCAACGUUCCAAUGGCGAUAGUCCGCGUAUUUCCCCAUAUCCUGGGGAUAUUUCUGGCAGAUACCAGGAACUCGUGCUCCAUAUAUCUAUAUAUUCGUGUGUAAUGAAAUAACCACGACUCGGUGGUAGCAUUCUACGUAUGUUAAAUCCACCUUCUAUAUGGACUUGGAAACUUGUUCCCAGUGGGUGGGGAUCGACCAGUUAAUAAAAGAGAAGCGCGAGAAGUGCGAGGUCAUUCAAUAUCGUAUCUUCGCUUGUUAAACGUGCUCUGUGUGUGUAUAAAUAUUCUCUCGACAGAAAAAAAAAAAAUAAAGUGUGCUCUACAGUUGGUGUACUGCAUAAGCCAAUUUUAUUGUGUUUCCCAUUUUUUUCCAACGCAAACUGAACUCCUAAAAAAGUGCAAAAUUUUUAACAACUCCUGUGCUAUUUUGUGUAAAAUUUUCAAAAACUAUUGUUUUUCAAAAACAAUAAACUUGAUAAACUAUUGUUUAUCUGGAUUCUGGAUUAAAAAAAGAAGAAGAAUAAGAAAAAUUCUUUCUUUCGAGGAAAGGAAAAUUCAAGAUACAAGAAAAAUUUGUUCCAAGUGGAAUUCAGCAGCGAAUAAAAUAAAUAAACUAUUGAAGGAAGAAAAAAAAUCACUUACCAAUAUGACUUGCGAGGAAGUACAGUGCAUGCCGCUCACAAAUUUCGCCGAUAGAACAAAAAUGUGGAAGCGCAAGAAGAGCCGUGACAGAAUUCAAUCCGCAUCGGGGAGAAAAAUCACUUGCGGUUUGCUGCCAACUCUACGCGUAUUAGCAACAACGCGGCUGUGCAGCAGCAAAAGUAGCGUGUGCUUUUUGCCAAACGAUGGCCAAACAGAUUCAGCGAGUCAUCUUCAAAUCACACUUCUUGAAGCUUAUUGCCGCGAGAAUGGAAUUGAAGUUAUCCGCGUCUCCAAGGAUACACUGAAAAAUAUGAUGUGUCCCACGGCAACAGAUUUAUCCUGCGUUCUCGUUACAUCCAAUGAACCAUAUUUCUUGGAGUCUCCCGAGUGAUUUUUAAGUAGCUGAAUUAUAUUCUGGAAAAGAAAUUGAAGAAAUUCAACAUUUAUUUUAUUUUCGAGAGAGAGAGAGAAAAAUUCUUCACCUCCUAGUUCCUGUGGAGGAGAAUUGCUGCUGCUGCUGCUGUGAGCGGGGGACAAAAAAAAAUGGGAGUCACUCAAUCCUUUUCGCCUAUAAACAAGGAUUGAGUUCUCAAGAGAAACAGAGAGAGAGAGAGAGAGAGAAAGAGAGUGUGGUGUUACUUCAAUCUGUCAAAAGGAUCUUGGAAGCUUUAUCAAGUCCUUGAUUAUGUGACUCGGCGCGAGAGCGCAUCUAUACGAUUUGUCAAAAAAAAAAAUAAAGGGGAAAUAAUUCCUUUUUUAUUACUGUCACGACAAUUUGAGCUUAGGGAAAAUAUUCUCUAUUAAAUAUACAAAUAAAUAUGGGAAUAUUUUUUCCUUUAUUUUAAAAACCUUGUUUUCUUUAAUUUUCGAAGUGAAAUUAAUUUUAUUGGAAAAAUGUUUUCUGUUAAAAAAAUUAUCCUUAAGUUCCUUAUUUACUUUAUUGUUAUGUAAAUCGUUUUUAUUAUGUAAUAAACAGAAAUUCAAUCUGA